CUCUCGACCGGCGUCGAGUGCUACCCCCCCCGUCCUAACAGGCUGCAACCAUGGGUAAGGUUAUCCGUGGGCAGAGGAAGGGUAAGGGAGGUAUCUUCACCUCCCACACGCGCCUCCGCAAGGGGCCCGUGAAGCUCCGCAAGCUCGACUACGCGGAGCGCCACGGCUACAUCAAGGGCGUCGUCAAGGACCUCAUCCACGAGCCCGGAAGGGGCGCGCCGCUGGCCAAGGUCCAGUUCCAGAACCCCUACAAGUUCAAGAGGGACAACGAGCUGAUCGUGGCUGUGGAGGGCAUGUACUCCGGGCAGUUCAUCUACUGCGGGAAGAAGGCCUCCCUCACCGUCGGCAACAUCAUGCCCGUGCGCUCCAUGCCCGAGGGUACCGUCUGCUCCUCCAUCGAGGCCAAGGUCGGCGACCGCGGCACCUUCGCCCGCUGCUCCGGCGACUACGCCGUCCUCAUCUCGCACGACGAGGAGAAGGGCACCUCCAAGCUCCGCCUGCCCUCGGGCUCGAAGAAGACCAUCAGCUCGGACUGCCGCGCCAUGGUCGGCAUCGUCGCCGGUGGCGGGAGGACCGACAAGCCCAUGCUCAAGGCCGGGCGCGCUUACCACAAGUUCCGCGUCAAGCGCAACGAGUGGCCCCACGUGCGUGGUGUGGCGAUGAACCCCGUGGAGCACCCCUUCGGUGGUGGUAACCACCAGCACAUCGGGCACCCCUCGACGGCCAACCGCCUCGCCUCGGCCGGUCAGAAGGUCGGUCUCAUCGCCGCCCGCCGCACCGGCCGCCUGAGGGGCAUCCGCACGGAGAAGGAAUAAGCGCCGUUUCCUGACUUGAUGUGACGGGAAACCGGUUCUGUUCUUGAACUUCGAACGCGCUCCGGAGAAAGGAGGACGUCUCCAGCUGAAUGUUAUCACGGCGUUUUUUGUGCUUUUUUGAAUUCCUGAUUUCACGUACCCCCCCCCCCCCCCUCCCGAGUGGUUUCCCCUCGGUUGCGGUAGAAGGAUGGACUGCAGUCGUUGGUAGCCGAUUGGCCGUCUAGGAUGGCAGAGGGUGUCGUUGUGACUGCUGCUCUUUGCGAGUUUCAUGUGUGUCCCACUGUGGCGCAUACGAGAAUGGCGAAAGCACGGUAGACGGUUUCUUUCCAAGGAGUUGUUAGGGAGUUUCGGUGUUUUCAGAGACGUUCGUGUUAUUUUUUCAGUUGGUGGCUUUCUUUGUCUCAGAGCUUGUGCUCUUGUUCAUUUUGUGGGAUCACUUCUUUCGCUAGCCACGGGAGAGGGUAUGCUCUGUUCGCAAUCUGUCGAAGCACGACACAAAAAAAGUUUUAAAACCUCAUGGAGAAACGCCUCUUGGCGCGGUUCAACGACUAAUGAUCUAUGUCCUCGCACCACA